UUCGAUUGUUUUCAAGUUUUUUUUUUCGGGGCAACAGUACAAUGGCAGCCGAGGUCGAAGCACCCCAACAGACGCAUGGCGAGGAGGUCAAGCAGCCUUCCCACCUGCGUUCCUUCAUCGCUGGUGGCAUCGGUGGUACGGCUCUUGUGGUCGUGGGUCACCCCUUUGAUACCGUCAAGGUUAAGAUCCAGACCAUGACCCCUGGUGUUGGCCCUCAGUACACUGGUGUCAUGGACUGUGCCCGCCAAACGUUGGCGCAGCAAGGCUUCCGGGGCCUUUACAACGGUGUCUUGGCCCCCCUGGCCGGCGUGACACCCAUGUUUGCGCUCUGCUUCUUUGGAUACAGUGUGGGCAAGGAUAUGUUCUGCGAUGCCGAUGCCUUUGAUCCCCACAAUCUCAAGCUGGUGCAGAUUGGUUUGGCCGGUGCGACGUCUGCCGCUUUCACCACGCCUCUGCUGGCCCCCGGCGAACGCGUCAAGUGCCUUUUGCAGUCUCAGGACCCCAAGAACCCCAAGUACAGCGGCACUGGGGAUGCUUUCAAGAAAAUCUACAAGGAGGGCGGUCUGCGCUCCGUGAACCGCGGCUUCACUGGCACCUUUCUGCGUGAUGCGACGGGCUCGGCUUUUUACUUUAGCAGCUACGAGUACCUGAAGGUUUUGUUUACGCCUGAGGGCCAGACGUCCCCGAGCGUGGUUGGCACGCUUGUGGCUGGUGGUCUUGCCGGCAUGCUCAACUGGACAGCCAUGCUUCCUCUCGACACGCUCAAGACGCGCCUGCAGGUCGCCCCAGAGGGCAAGUAUGGUAACAUUCACCACGUCUUUGCCGACAUCAUGCGCAACGAGGGCCCACGUGCGCUGUUCCGCGGCUUCUCUGCGGCUAUGGUCCGCGCUUUCCCGGCCAACGCAGCUUGCUUCUUUGGCUACGAGGGUGCUCUCAAGUUCAUGGACUGGCUUGGACUCGAUUAAAAGGCUUAUGAGAGCCAGUAGCUUGAGAACCUAGAUUUGUUCUAGUCCUUGAUGUCUUUGACCUUCCCUGUACUGCGCGUUUGCUGUUUUAUCAUUGAUUAAUCGGAGGCGGCAUGAACCUUUUCCUUGUUGAUUGCGAUGGGAUAUUUGACAUGUGAAGCUCC